UGCAGCAGCAGCAGCACACUUUACAGAUUGAAUUAAUCAAAUACAAUUAUAAAUACAUUUUUAAGCAGAUGUACUUCUGAAGGACACAAAGCUUCAGGUUGUUUCUAUGAGGGAAUCUCUCCAUGUAAUUCUUCCCACUUGCGCAACAGGUUCCGUCCAAAUGAAACUCCGACCCAUGUAGGAGGAAGAAGCAUGUUGUCACCGUUCUGGUCCUCUGGAGUCGAUCAGGAGAUCAACUCAUGGGAUGUAGUGGAUGCAGAGUCCGGCUCAACUUCGGGAAGGUGCUCUCCAAAGUCUCCGUGUUCCUUACCAUGGUCCUGAUCAUCACCUACUUCUUCUACUGCCUCACGGGACUCUGUGACUCAGCUCCGAGGACUUUAUACAGCCACUCAGCCCCGAGGGGGGACUAUGAGCUUCUGGAUGACCGCCGUAGAGUGGAGGACCUACGGCCGUCUGUGCGCUCUGACGCGCCGUCCCAUCGGAACCGCACAGAGUCAGAAGACGCACAGCAGCAGGUGGAUACGGAAGAACAGCCGUCCCAGAACAGAAACGGAAUCCCGGUGUCCAACACUUUCGGGACUAAAAGGUUUCCUCAGGCGAUCAUAAUCGGUGUGAAGAAAGGUGGAACCCGCGCUCUGCUGGAGUUCCUGCGCAUCCACCCGGACGUGCGUGCGUUUGGCGCAGAGCCGCACUUCUUCGACCGGUUUUAUGACAAAGGGCUGGAGUGGUACAGGAACUUGAUGCCUCGAACCCUGGAUGGACAGGUCACCAUGGAGAAGACGCCCAGCUAUUUUGUCACCAAGGAGGCUCCCAGUCGAGUCUGCACCAUGAACUGCCAAACCAAGCUAAUCGUAGUGGUCCGGGACCCAGUGACCCGGGCCAUCUCUGACUACACCCAGACUCUUUCCAAGAACCCAGGCCUUCCAUCCUUCCAGAGCCUGGCUUUGAAGAACUCCUCUACAGGUUUGAUCGACACCACCUGGAGCGCCGUGCGCAUCGGCCUCUACACCAAGCACCUGGAAAACUGGCUUCAGUAUUUCCCCUUGUCCCAGUUUCUGUUUGUUAGCGGUGAGCAGCUAGUGUCCGAUCCUGCCGGGGAGAUGGGUCGGGUUCAGGACUUCCUGGGUCUGAAAAGGGUGAUUUCAGAGAAACAUUUCUACUUCAACCAGACCAAAGGCUUCCCCUGCCUGAAGAAGCCAGAGGGCAGCAGCAGACCCCGCUGUCUUGGGAAGUCUAAAGGAAGACCUCAUCCUCAGAUCUCAUCUGAGGUUCUGCAGAGACUUAGAGACUUCUACAGGCCUUUCAACCAUCGCUUCUAUCAGAUGAGUGGGCAGGACUUUGGCUGGGACUAAGAAGGAAGUCUCAGCUAUGAUGAAGGGAUCGAUAUGCAAGUUAUUAUAAUUCAAGACACAACAAACACUUUUGUUGUUUUUGUUCUGCUGGUUUAAGAGUAAAUUCACUCUAUCCACACUUUGUUUAUAAGAUAUAUUUAUCUUUUAUGUUGACAUAAAAAGCAACAGCUUCAAAUUUUAUGGAAGAAAAAAGUUAUUUAUUGUUGAACCAUAAAACUGGAAUGCUUCCCUGACAGGACAUUGAGGAUAAUGUCAUACUUUUACACGUUUAAUGCGUUUAUAGCUUUUAAAGGGAAAUUUGACAAAGUUGUUGCAGGUUAUAGUUUAUUUUCUGUAUUUAAUACCUCAUGUGUAAAUAUUGCAUUUUAAGUAUAUGCAUAUGUUUUCAAACCAAACGUUAUAUUCUAUAUUUGUGUUACCUCUAACAGCACAGUUUUUAUUAAUUGAUCAUAAUAAAUUAUUUUUUAAAUCAA